AUGGCUGACCCAAGAGAAUCGUCAUCGUACUCGGUGCAUCCCCGACUUCGCUACAACACCGUUGGUGGUGUCAACGGGCCCCUCGUCAUUCUCGACAACGUCAAAUCGCCCCGAUACAACGAGAUCGUCACCCUAACUCUUCCCGAUGGAACAGAGCGCUCCGGCCAGGUCCUCGAGGCUCGAGGCGACCGAGCCGUGGUGCAGGUUUUUGAAGGCACCUCUGGUAUCGACGUUAAGAAGACAAGAGUCAAGCUCACGGGCGAGAGCUUGAAGCUUGGUGUCUCCGAAGACAUGCUCGGCCGCAUCUUCGACGGUUCCGGUCGAGCUAUUGAUAAGGGUCCCAAGGUUCUAGCGGAAGAAUAUCUUGACAUCAACGGCAGUCCCAUCAACCCGUAUUCAAGAGUGUAUCCCGAGGAGAUGAUCUCGACGGGUAUCUCUGCCAUCGACACAAUGAACUCGAUUGCUCGUGGCCAGAAGAUCCCCAUUUUCUCCGCCUCUGGUCUGCCUCACAACGAGAUCGCCGCCCAGAUCUGUCGACAGGCUGGCCUCGUCCAGCGCCAGGGUGUCACGAAUAAGGGUGUUCACGAUGGCCACGAAGAGAACUUCUCCAUCGUCUUCGCUGCUAUGGGUGUCAACCUGGAAACUGCUCGCUUCUUCACGAGAGACUUUGAGGAGAACGGUAGCUUGGAGCGUACUACCCUGUUCCUGAACCUUGCCAAUGAUCCCACGAUCGAACGUAUCAUCACGCCUCGCUUGGCACUCACAACAGCCGAAUACUAUGCCUACCAGCUGGAGAAGCACGUCCUGGUCAUCCUCACUGAUCUCUCUGCUUACUGCGAUGCGCUUCGUGAAGUUUCCGCAGCUCGAGAAGAAGUUCCAGGUCGUCGCGGUUUCCCAGGUUACAUGUACACCGAUUUGUCUACUAUCUACGAGCGAGCCGGUCGUGUUGAAGGGCGCAAUGGUUCCAUCACGCAAAUUCCGAUUCUCACCAUGCCCAACGACGAUAUCACUCAUCCUAUUCCUGAUCUUACUGGUUACAUCACCGAAGGUCAGAUAUUCGUCGACCGAGGUCUUGAUAACCGCGGAAUCUAUCCGCCCAUCAAUGUCUUGCCGUCGCUCUCACGUCUGAUGAAGUCAGCCAUCGGCGAGGGUAUGACUCGGAAGGAUCAUGGAGAUGUCUCUAACCAGCUGUACGCGAAGUAUGCCAUCGGCCGUGAUGCGGCCGCGAUGAAGGCUGUCGUCGGCGAAGAGGCCUUGUCUGCUGAGGACAAGCUGUCGCUUGAAUUCCUGGACAAGUUCGAGCGCACUUUCAUCAACCAAGGGCCAUACGAAUCUCGAACCAUCUAUGAAUCGCUGGACCUGGCCUGGAGCUUGCUGCGUAUCUACCGCAAGGACAUGCUGAACCGUAUCCCAGCCAAGAUCAUCAACGAGUACUACCAGAGGACGGCAGAGCACCGCAAGGGCAAGGGUAAGGCGCACGCACAGGAACAGGACAAGAACCGGGAGGAGGAGAACCUGAUCGAUGCAUGA